CCAAACAUAAAUUGCUUUCAAUGGACUGUAACUGAAGUGAUUGUCCUGCGACGAGGCAGAUGUCAUUGCAAUGAAAAAAAAGGACUAUAACAGGACAAUAAAUACGUUCCAUCUAGUUUCGAUCAAUUUGGAUCUCAUUGACAGACAGUUUAAACUAAAUUCAAUUACAUCCCAUUCCGCGAAUUCGAAUCGAUUCCCGGAAAUUGCACGCUCGAUGAGUCCGACAAAAUUUUCGGUAAUUAAUAAUUGAGUGAAUGGGAGGACGUGAUAAAAAAAAACAAACGCCUCGCAAUCAUUUUUGUGCGCACAUUUUUUAUUAUAGAAAGGAAAAAACUGGUGGUGUCAUGCAUGUGUACAUGAUAUAUUCGGCCGAAAAUGAUUUACAAUCGGCUUUAAUUCGCAUUUUCCCUUUUGUGCGUAAUCUAUAUUUUAUAUUUCCCGAGGCAGAUAAACGACAUCGAAUUGCUGAUGUCCAAAAUCUCACACAAUCUGCCGGCGCUCACAUUUCUCAGUUUGCUGGGGAACAAGGCAUGCCCUAACGAGCUCUCGGAUUUGGACAACGACGAGGAAGAUUACCAACGCUACAGGUAUUACGUGUUGCAUCAUGCGCCGAGUCUCAAGUAUCUGGAUUCUACGAGGGUGACGGAUUCGGAAAGGGCGGAGGCGAAUCGCCGCGGGCAGUUCAUGAAGAUCGUCCGACCCAAGGAGGAGGAAAACCAUGAUGUUGUCGUCCAACGCCCGCUGCAUUCCUACACGCCUCUGCCGAGGAACAUACGGAAUCCAGACGAUCAUCGUGGUGGGUAUCGUACACAUUCCACUCUUAUUAAACCUAGGAUCGAGACCUUAAAGAAAUGAAGUUUACAUCUUAAUAUCUUUAACGUAUUAGACGCGGCUCUCCCAAACUGAUGCGAGAUAAAUGCACGAAGGGAUAAUAAAAAGUUUUCUAGGGAUUGGAUUAGCAGUUGCACAACUGGGGCGCAGCCUUAAUGCGGCUCUGCUGAAAGAUUUAUGACCGGCUCGAAUCCAUAAAAGUCACCACUUCGUGCAUUUUGCUGUACAUUUAAAUGCUUCUGGCAACAAGCAUCUGCAUAAUUCCAAUUUGAAUCCGCUUAUGAAACUGACAAAAUAAAAAAAACGCAAUUCGUAGGUGUAACAACAAAAUUAAUUAUGUUUUUCAAUAGUAAUCUUAUCGAAUCAUUAGAUUACAAACCUACACGAAAUUUCAUAUAUAAAAUUGAAAAAGAUCAAACGUUUUUCCACUUUUUUCAGCAAAGAAUAAGUCCCAAUUAUUUAUGAAAUACGUUACUUAAUCCGGAAUUAUAAUUAGGGCCAAUUUACGUUACGCCCAAUUUCGCUGUAAUUGGUUUAUUGUUCAGAAUGGA